CUUCCCCUAAAACUUCAACCCUUCGUUCCAACGAACGAUGCACUGGCUUUACCGCAUCAGAGCAAGCCGUUUCUAUUUAAAUUCAUCCUCCUCAAGAGAAAUCGAAUCCAUCAGAAGAAAAGAACACAUAGCGAGGUUUUGGACGAGUUGAUCAUGUCUUUGCCGUCGAGUUUGACGAUUAGCGAGGCUUCGCCGGAGUGGCUGAACAAAGGGGACAACUCAUGGCAGCUGACGGCGGCGGCGAUGGUGGGGUUGCAGUCGGUGCCGGGGUUGGUGAUCCUCUACGGUAGCAUCGUGAAGAAGAAGUGGGCGGUGAACUCGGCCUUCAUGGCGCUCUAUGCCUUUUCGGCGGUGCUCGUGUGUUGGUGCCUGUGGGGCUUCAGCAUGGCCUUCGGGGAGGAGAUGUUGCCCUUCUGGGGCCGCCCCAGCGCGGUUGCGCUGGAUCAGGCACAGCUCCUAGCUCCGGGUUUUGCUGGGAUGUACCCGGCCGCCACGCUCGUCUUCUUCCAGUUCGUGUUUGCGGCCAUCACCCCCAUCCUGAUCGCCGGCUCGUUGCUCGGCCGGAUGAAUUUUAAGGCAUGGAUGCUCUUCGUGCCACUCUGGCUCACCUUCUCCUACACCGUCGGCGCUUUCAGUCUUUGGAGCCCAAAUGGCUUCCUCUUCAAGGCCGGCGUCAUGGAUUUCGCCGGCGGUUACGUCAUCCACCUCUCGUCCGGCGUAGCAGGACUCACCGCCGCCUACUGGGUCGGGCCGAGAAUUGGCAAGGACAAGGAGAGGUUUCCGCCCAAUAACAUUCUGUUGACCCUCGCCGGCGCCGGAUUGCUUUGGAUGGGUUGGACAGGGUUCAACGGCGGCGCGCCGUACUCGGCCAACAUCGACGCCUCGAUCGCCAUUUUGAACACGCAUCUCUGCACGGCGACCAGUCUGCUCAUGUGGCUCUGCCUCGACAUGUUCGUGUUCACCAAGCCCUCCGUCAUCGGCGCUGUCCAAGGCAUGAUCACCGGGCUCGUCUGCAUCACCCCUGCCGCCGGACUGGUUCAACCUUGGGCGGCCAUCCUAAUGGGUCUGCUCUCCGGUAGCAUCCCAUGGUUCACCAUGAUGAUCCUCCACAAGCGCACCCCCUUCCUCAGAACGAUCGACGACACCCUCGCCGUCUUCCACACCCACGGAGUCGCCGGAAGCCUCGGCGGCAUCCUCACCGGCGUGCUGUCCGAGCCGCGCCUCAACCGCCUCUUCUUCGGAGACGACCCCAGGUACGUCAGCCUCGCGUACGCCAUCAAGGACGGCCGUGCCUCCGCCGGGUUCCGCCAGGUCGGCAUGCAGCUCGCCGGCAUCGCCUUUGUCCUAGCCGUCAACGUGGUGGUCACCAGCGUCAUCUGCCUGCUGAUCAGGCUGUUGGUGCCGCUGCGGCUGACCGAGGAGAAGAUGCUGGUGGGCGACGACGCCAUCCACGGGGAGGACGCGUACGCGGUGUGGGCGGACGGCGAGACCUACGAUAAGUCGGUACACGGGUUGGAGUACUUUGCGGCGAAAAGCGCCGACUGCGAAAUGGCGUGAGGUGGAUUGGACCGUGCUUAAUUUGUUCUGGCGACAAGUUUAAUCGGAUGCACUCUGCAAAUCCUUAUCAUCUGUUUAACUAAACAAAUAUUUUUUAUAUUAAUUUGCAUCGUAAAUAUUAGUUGUUCA